AUGGGGUCAUCAAACACCGACAUUACCGCCAAACUCACCGAAUGGCACGAGGAAUGGUCCAGCGAACAGACCGACAACGAUAUUUGCACUGCCUACGUCUUCUCCCCUGAGUGGGAGUCUCUCGUUCCCCCUCGAUGGGCCGCAUACGAUGACCUGGAAAAGAGACGCCUGACCGAGGGAGCACCGCGACUAGAAUGGCAGGACUCAGUUGACCAAAGCCGGAAGGCAUUGUUGGCCAUGAAGAACUUGCACUUCAAGCCCCUCGAACCUAGGCUGUGGCCGGUAUGCCCGCUGUGGGUUCAUCUAGCCAGAUACAAGGGAGGGCCAGACUUCGAUGGCCAUAAGAGGCUGCACGGCUGGGCCUCGCUCCUCGAUGACUGGGAGGAAAUCCAACGCUUGAUUCGAGAUGAGCCCGAGUUCUGCCGCUCACUUUCGCCUGCUCAAAGAAGAUCGUUUGACCUUCUCCGAUACUGGUGGAAAGCGGCCUACUGCAACGAAGAGCUAUUGCGUGCCACCUCUACGCGUCUAGAAAAGAACCGACCGUUUUGGACGAUAUCAGAUCCUUCCGAUGGAUACAAUCUUCGUCGCAUCGCCAGCGAAGUCAAGACAGACACCUCCCUCUACCACUCGCAUCUAUUCAGGCUCUUCCUCUUCGAAUUCAAUCCGAUGUUUUGGGAGCCUUUUCUCUGCCAUAUGAAGCUUUCUAGACUUCAGCAUGCCCGGUAUCGAUCUUCUUGUAUCGCGACCAUUCAAAAGCUUUCCUAUCCAGUGCUACAUCCAAGCCAUUCUCCUGCCGGUGAACAAACCCCAUAUCCUACCGUUGUUCAGAACGAUGCGGAACACCAGAGAAUCACCGCUGCCCAAGCGAGCAUCAACCCGUACUAUCUCUGGGACAACGAAAGUCAACAGACAGUCACCGUGGAGGAGCUGCCCGAAUGCCCUCCAUACGUAUGUAUCAGCCACACAUGGGGUCGCUGGCGAACACGAACCGACACAACUGUUCCCGGAGUACCGUGGCUGGUCCCAGAAAACACCAUUUAUGAUGUACGCGAUCUUCCCGGACAGCUCAAGGAACUUGGCUACCGCUAUAUCUGGUUCGAUUUAUUCUGCAUUCCGCAGGACAAGAGCGAUCCGAGGGCUGCCCAGGAGAUUGCGAAUCAGGCGUCAAUUUUCAAGGGAUCGAGCCACUGCAUCGCCUGGAUCAACGACGUCGAGUCCUGGCAUGGCGUGCUAGCCGCAUUAGACUGGAUGAGUCUCAAGUCGCAGUCAAUCUUGUCGAACCGUGACACCGACGCAAUCAAGGACAGAAUAGCCGAAGCAACACAGGCGGCCACAGUGGCGAUGGAGCUGCUAAAGAAAAAGCGCCGUGAGAGAAUGGAAGAUCUAGUCGAUCUUGUUGACGAUCUUACGGCAGGCGAGCCAACCUUUUGGAUGUCCUCACUCUGGACUUUGCAGGAGUGUAUUCUCUGCCCUGAAAUCCAGCUGUAUACUCGCACCUGGAUCAGGCUGGAAGAUCGGAGCGGGACGGCAAUCUCGUUGAGAACCCUCAUGGUAGUUCUCAGAGACACUCGAGAUUUCAACUUGCUGCCAGAGCCCAUUGGAACCUCCUUCAGCGAGCCCUUUCAGUACGAUGUGAAACUCGUGAAUGAUCCGAACAGGAAGACCAUCCAAGACAGCACCAGCGACCGGACGUUUCCAAGUGCAGUGAGGGACCUCUACCAACUCUGCAUAAUGACCCGGCUUGACAACGCUCUCACCGCCGGCUCACCCACAACCAUCCUCACAAAUGCGAACCUUCGACACUGCUCAUCCAGCCGCGCUCCAGCCAUCAUGUCUGCCGUGAGCGUGACGGACUGGUACGUCGAGAAGCUGGAGGCUUCAAAGUCUACCAGCAAGCCUGCCCCAGCGGAGCCCAUGGUCUACGGAACAUACCCCCUCGCUUUCCUCCGCGAAUGUUCGCGGAAGUUUGGAGCAAUCUUUUACCAAAGUAUGGCCAGGAAUCUCGUUCGUUCCACGGGCACGGCCAACGAAAUGCGACGGGUCCUGAAGCGGAACGAAUCUGGUGGGACCAUGCUACCCGUGUCCAAGACCACGGGCUGGUAUGCCGGUAUCUCGGGAUCCUCGGAUCAUACCUACCUUGAUCGUCAAGAUCACGAGACAGUGGCAGAUUGGCUUAUCAAUGAGGACGCGAGCGUUUCUAUGCGCGCGGUGGGCAUCGCCUUGACAUCGGAUGACAAGCCGGGGCCGCGCAAGUUAUCGGGCAACGUUGACUGCUUUUUACCUCAGGACGACGUGAUAGCGGACAAUAAAUCAAAGAGAUACACGGCGAAUGUUCAGGAUAUGCUGGCGACGCUAAAGGACUUGAGUAAUGGGUCGCGGCGGAUCUAUGCGGUUGCGCUCUAUGAGGACUUGGGCCUCGUACACGGCGUAUUGCUGGAGAAGUUGCCUUUGUCCAUGUUUGGGAAACACUAUCUCAACAAGAUUGGUCAAUUCUUUUUGAAGAAUGAGUCUCUUCCUCCGACUUCAAAAGUCGAUUGGAAGGUGUUGUAG